CAUCACCAAUAACUUUACGCCUCACCAAAGUUAUGCUAAAUAGGCAGCCGCAUGUGGUGGCGCGUCUAGAAUGUGACACAUUAGACUUAACUAACCGCCAUUUAUUUACCACAAUUUCAAAGCAGACGUUGCACUACCGCUAACCAUAUUUAUUACUUACUUUAUUCCGUUCGUUUCGCUUAGUGAUUCUUCUUCAAAUCAACCAACCCUUUGUCUCUUAUCUUACUUAUCUCUCUCUACCAGCCUCCAUUUCUAAGGCGAAAAAUGUGGCAUCGCUUAUCGUCAUCUAAACUCGACCUCAGAAAUUUUGGUUCAGGGUUAGGGUUACGUCUUCUUAGACGAUCGUUUUCUUCUGAGCCGGUGAAGAGGUUCGCUGCGUUGUGGGGAAACGGCGAUUUCGGCAGACUGGGUCUUGGCAAAUUGGAUUCUCAAUGGACUUCUGCUAUUUGCACCUCCUUCCACAACCAAAACCUUAAAGCCAUUGCUUGUGGCGGUGCUCACACUCUCUUCUUAACAGACAAUGGAUGUGUUUAUGCUACUGGUCUCAACGAUUUUGGACAGCUUGGUAUAUCGGAGAGUAAACACUACUCAGUUGUGCCACUUCAAGUUUUUGGCCUUGAGAAGAAAGUUGUGCAGAUCUCUGCUGGUUAUAAUCAUUCAAGUGCAAUAACAGUGGAUGGAGAACUAUACAUGUGGGGUAAAAAUACAACUGGGCAGCUUGGACUCGGAAAAAGGGCUCCCAAAACAAUUCCUUUGCCAACUAAAGUUGAAUACUUGGAUGGAAUCACCAUUAAAAUGGCAGCUCUGGGUUCUGAGCACUCAGUGGCUAUUAGUGAUGGAGGAGAGGCGUUUAGUUGGGGAAUGGGAGUGUCUGGUCGACUUGGUCAUGGCCAUGAGUCAAGCGUACUAGGAUUCUUCAAAAGCUACAGUGAGUACACCCCAAGGCUUAUAAAGGAUCUUGAAGGAAUCAAGGUAAACUAUGUAGCUGCUGGGAUGCUAAACUCGGCUUGUACGGAUGAAAAUGGUUCUGUUUUUAUAUUUGGGGAGAAAGGGAUUGACAAAUUACGCUUGAAGGAGACUAGUAAUGCAACAAAACCAUUGUUGGUCAGUGAACUUCCAUACGCUGAAGAAGUUGCUUGUGGUGGCUAUCAUACCUGUGUCUUGACAAAUUCUGGUGAGCUUUAUACUUGGGGUUCAAAUGAAAAUGGUUGCCUUGGCAUAGGGUCCUCAUAUGCCAUUCAUCAACCUGAAAAGAUUCAAGAGCCAUUCUUGGAGUCUUCUGUUGUUCAAGUUUCUUGUGGUUGGAAGCAUACAGCAGCCAUUUGUGGAGGAAGAAUCUUCACAUGGGGUUGGGGAGGUUCCAAUGGAACUUUCUCUGAUGAUGGACAUUCUUCGGGUGGACAAUUGGAAAAGUUAGUAGGAUGCUUAAGUAAUCGUAGUUGGUGAUGCAAUCAUAUAAAGCCUAUAUAAUCUUAAUUGUCACCCUACGGUUGAUGCUUUUGUAGCAUCAUAAUUGAAAAAGAUUCCGCGUCUCUGUUGGUAUAGGGUGUAGUAUGGAUAUUCUCAUUUUGCAAUACGCCAAUGAAUGCAUUGUAUCCGUCAAGCAUGAUGCAUAUGGGAAUGGGAAUCCAUGCAACGUGGUACGGCAGUGAGAUAGUUUUCAAAAUUGAACAUUGCAGAUCAUCUUUAUGCUCUGGAUGGCAACUAGCAAGAUAUAGAGAAGGAUUAAAUUGUAGUAUGACAGUAGUCAGAAAUGACCAUCACCCUGUUUUUUCGCAGCAGCACCUACUAUUACUUCCCAACUAUUUAAAAAAAAUAAAAUUACGUAUUCUACAUUCAUUGCAGUGGUCCUGUAAUUCAGCUUUGUUUAGUCCAGUUUUUGUCCUUCAGCAAGUGUGCAAUAAAUUACUGUUGUGAUUAUACUUUUAAAAAUAA